AUUGGAACAAGAGUGUUGUGUCUAAUUAAUUAUAGAUAGAGUGAGGGUGGAGAGUGAGAUUGAGUUCCUUGUGUUGUGAGAUGGUCAUGGGGGUUAGCAACAACAUCACCGCAAUUCUGAACUUGAUAGCGACCCUCGCUUCGAUACCCAUCAUAGCCUCCGGCAUUUGGCUGGCCUCCAACCCCGCCAACGAGUGCAUCACCAACUUCCGGUGGCCCAUCGUCAUCAUCGGCCUCCUCAUCCUCCUCGUCUCCCUCGCGGGCUUCGUCGGUGCCUACUGGAACAAACAGGGCCUCUUGGCUCUCUACCUCUUCUCCAUGGCGCUCCUCAUCGCCCUCCUCCUCAUCCUCCUCGUCUUCGCCUUCGUCGUCACCAGACCCAACGGAGCCUACCAUGUCCCCGGAACACCCUUCAAGGAGUACCGCCUCCACGCCUUCUCCGCCUGGCUCCGCAACCACGUCACCGCCUCCGGAAGCUGGCGCAAGAUAAGGCCCUGUUUGGCUGCUUCUGAUGUUUGCACUAAGCUCGCCCAGAAUUACCUCACUGCUCAUCAAUUCUUCAACUCUCAUAUCUCCCCCUUACAGUCAGGGUGUUGCAAACCUCCCACUGCUUGUGGGUACAACUAUGUAAGCCCAAUACUAUGGACAAACCCUGCGAAUCCUACGGCUGAUCCAGAUUGUUAUUUGUGGAGCAAUGACCAGAAUCAACUAUGCUACAACUGCGAUGCGUGCAAGGCUGGUCUAUUGGGAAACCUGAGAAAAGAAUGGAGAAAAGCAAAUAUCAUUCUCAUAGUGGCUGUGGUGGUCCUCAUUUGGGUCUAUGUCAUCGCUUGUAGUGCCUUCAGGAAUGCCCAAACUGAAGACCUCUUCAACCGUUACAAACAGGGUUGGGUUUGAUCUUUACCUUUCUUUCGCGUCUCUGUAACUCCGUUGAGCCUUUUUCUCUCUACUCUCUAGUGUAUAUAUUUAUUCCUUUUUGGCGUUUGGAAGUAAUACGUGUUUCGUUGCAUGCUAAGGAAAACAGAGAGUACAAUAUUCUAAUUAUCUCUCCUCUCACCGUAUGAUUACAUUAUUAUAAUGUAUUCAAUUGUUAUUGUAUAUUUUUCUUUCGCUACUUAAUGCAGCUAUGUAAUUACCUUUAUGACA